GAUUAGACGAAACCUACCUGGCAUGCCCGCUGUCAUUCAUUCGUUGUCGGGCUGAAUUUUGUCCGCCAUAUUGCCGCUACGAUCUUUGUUUCUCUUUGGAAUGGAUUUUCCUAAUCCGUAUCAGCAAAACAGCAAAGGUUUUGGUUUUGGAGGGAAUUUUUCUGGUAAUAACGCCACUGGUGGACAAGAAGAUAUGACUGAAAUGGAGCGCUUUGCCCUGCAGUGUGGCAGAUUUGGACCUUCUGGAUUUGAGGGCAGAAGUCAUGAUUACUCAGAGGCAGAAUUACUUCGUAUGAAGGAGAUGAGAAGUCUUGGGGAUUACAUGGGCCGAGAACCUCUGCCCCCUGGAGUAGAGGACGGGGCUUAUCUGGCCCGUGAACGAGGGAGAGAGCGAGAUAGAGACCAGAGAGACAUGAGAAGUCGGGAUGACCGAGACAGGGGAAGAGAUCGUGAUCGUCGUAGAGAUUCGGACCGAGACCGACGAGGGGGAGACUGGAGUCAAGAGAGGGAAAGAGGGAGACACAGGGAUCGCAGUGGAAACAGAGAUCGCAGCCCGAUGCACUCUGGCAGUAAAGACUACGAUGGGAGGGGUCCCAUGUAUGAAUCAUUUGAUGAUGAUUAUGGAUCAGAAGAAGGUGACAGAGGUGAUAGAUACAGAGGGAGAGAAGAUUUCCGCGGUGACUCCUCUCGUAAUGCUGAUGACAAGGCCGGUGACAAGUGGGUUUGCAACCAACCAUCUCGCACUAUCAUUCUGAGAGGACUUCAUGUCGAUAUUACAGAAAAAAUUAUCGGAGCAGAAUUGAUGAUGCUCGGCCUACCUGUCAAAGAUAUACGCCUUAUCAGGAGAUCUUCAGGUGUCUCGCGAGGCUUUGCUUUUGUGGAGUUUCAUAACGUAGCUGAUGCCCAGCGCUGGAUGGAGCAUACACAGGGCACCAUCACUCUGCUCAACCAGUACCGAGCGCACCUGGCCUACAGCGUUACCCGCACGGGCAACAGAGACAACUCGAAUCUACAGAGGAAUGAUUGGGUCUGCAUCAAGUGCCUAGGUCACAAUUUCAAGCGCAGAGAUUACUGUUAUAAUUGCAACCUACCUCGUAAGGAGUCGGAGAAAGGCAAGCCCACAGAUGGCCAGGAAGAAAUUGGCACCAAUCCCUGCAACACGCUCAUCUUUAGAGGACUGGAUGCCCUGACCACGGAGGAGGCAUUAGUGACGGCGCUGACUCAGAGCUCGCCACAGCCCCUGGCGCCCAUCAAAAAUGUGGCCAUCAUCCGCGACGACCUGAACACUUCCCGCGGCUUCGGCUUUGUGGAGUUCCACACGGUGCAGGCGUCAACGCUAGUGCUGGACGCCCUGAACAAGCUGAGUCCCCCGUUGGAGGUGGAUGGGAAACAGCUUCUGAUUAACUAUGCCAAGAACACGUUUAACACAACGAUGGCGUACAUCCAACAGCAGCAACAGCAGGCUCAGUACUACGACAGCAACUACUACCAGGGCGGCCAGUACUACGACGCGGCCACCCAGCAGUACUACGACUACUCUCAGUACUACGCUCAGGCCGGGGCCCCCGUCGGGACCACUGCCGCCACCACGACCGCAGCGGGGAAAGGAGAAAAUACGACAAAUGCUGCAGCAGCUGUAGCUCACGCUGCCAUCCAGCAAGCCCAGGCAGCAAAGAACUACCAGAAGCAGAUUCAAAAGAAAGUGGUUGGUCAGAACGAGACUGUUGUUGUCAAUGGUGUGGAGUACCCAGUUUAUCCUCCUCCAGACACCUCCCAGUACCAGUAUGAAGAGACGUCAGGCUUCUACUACGACCCCAGCACACAGCUCUACUAUGAUGCCAAUUCACAGUACUACUACAACUCGACCACGGGCCAGUACAUGUACUGGGAUGCGGAGAAGUCGACUUACUUGCCGGCGCCAACCGGUGGAGAGGAUUCUUCUGGUGCCGAUGGGUCGGAUGGGGCCGGCAAGAAAGACGGCAAAGAUAAAAAAGAUAAAGAAAAGGUCAAGAUUGCGAAGAAAAUUGCAAAGGACAUGGAGAAAUGGGCCAAGAGUAUGAAUGCCCAGAAGGAGGCUCAGAAAGAAGUGAUGAAGCGGCCGCAAGGACCGGGCGGGUCGUUCAAGCUCGAGUCUGCAGCAGCAGAUGCUGGAUUUGCUAUGCUGCAGAAAGCCAAAGAGGACAUGACGAUGAUGCCUCCUCCUCCCCUGAUAGGGAAAACAGACAAGUCCAGCACUGAUGCCAGCCAGCCUGGCCUGGUGGCCUCGUACGGCGGUGACAGUGACAGCGGUGACGAGGAGGACUCGUACGCCCCCGUAGACGAGUCCAAACUGGUGGACUGGACCAAACUGGCCUGCCUGUUGUGUAAGCGACAGUUCCAGUCCAAGGAGAUCCUCAGUAAACACACUCAGGUUUCUCAGCUGCAUAAGCAAAACUUGGAGUCGUUGUCAAAGUCGAGGGAGAAUGCGGGCACUGUCAAGCUUGAGUACCGAGACCGGGCCAAAGAAAGGAGGCUGAAGUACGGUGCCCCUGAACCACCGGAGCCCAGGAAACGGAAGGAAGCCGAGUUUGAGGAACCAGCUCCUGUUGCUUUCGAGGCACCGACCAAGAGCGGCAUCAGCGGGGACAACAUUGGCAACAAACUGCUGCAGAAGAUGGGCUGGUCCCAGGGGCAAGGCUUGGGCAAGGCCAACCAGGGCAGAACUGACCCCAUUGAGGCUCAGAGGAGGAAUCAGAUGGCAGGGCUGGGCGCCCGAGGGGCCAAUGUGGUGGCGGACGUCGGAGACAACUACAGAGACGCCCUGAAGAAGACCAUGUUCGCUCGCUACAACGAAGUGGAGUGAACGCCUCUCACGCGACUGACUGAAUGACUGACAGACAGAGAGACAGACGGAAUGUCUCGCUCACAGUGACAGACAGGCCUGUAGUAGUAGUAGUACACACAGUGCCCUGUGCAGGUACGGGCCAGGCCGCGUGUUGAGCUAACAGCUCACGGCUGGUGACCUUGGCUUUGUGUGCUCACACACGCACGCACACACAAAGUCCCCUGUCCCAUCAGGAUGGGUCUUCAAUAGGUGCUCUGUCCUACCUACGUGACAUGCUGUGCCCGCUCUGCCGAGGAUGGCUUUUACUGCCCUCAUUUUGUGAGGAUUUAUUUUAUAUUUUGUUAAACCACUGUUGUGUGUCUGAUGAUAUGUCACAAUUGAUUUUUAGUUUUGGCGAGUCGUAUGUAUGUUUUCCUCUGAAUGAGUGAUGAUUGUUUCAACGAUUGUGUGUAACAUACGGUAUGCCUGUCCUUUCACUUUCACACACACACACACACACACACCCCACAAUUUGUUUUGUAAGAAAGCAGGAGGUGAAAAGAUCUUACAGAUAGGCUAACUAUUGAUUUAUCAUACCUGUUUUGGACCUUUGUAUAUUUUAGUUUGGUUAUUGUCCGAAUUAUUUUUGGUUGAAGUUGUAAAUAAUUUUGAGUAAAAUAAAGCAAAUCGUGCCAGUCUCCUGUUGAUGAUAAACUGCAGCAUAACUGACUUGAGUGAGUGGGUGGUUGGCGGGUGCUCUGGCGUGGUUUGCUUCUUCUUUCCUAUUGAACAACUAUUGUCUUUAUCUCUCCCCAUUCGUUUUUGUGUUUGUUACUCUCUUUUAACACCUCUAAUCUUUGGCGCUUUUAUGACCAUAUUGUGUUGCAAUAACUACAAAAACUAAAACUGACUUACGUGAUAACAUCUUGACCACAACUGAACAAGUGUGGGAGAACUGAUUCUACACAGCCACGUGACGACUCUUUGAGCUGAGAGAAUCGUGAGUUGCAUCUCUUGCCUUGAAAUCAGUCACUGUUUUAGAAUGCAUGCGAAAUAAUGUUGUUGUUUUUUGUUUGUUUGUUUUUUCGCUUGUGUUUUUUUUUUUUUAAAUGCCAGAGAGAUUAACGCUUUGGCUCCAACACGAUAUAUUUUUAGCGACGUUAUGACGAUGAUGAGAAGAGAAGUGUGAAUGAAGUCAACUCUGUCCCUCAUGCCCAGGAACCACCCCCCAACAAGUGUUCAGGACUCACAAUUACAGUUUGCACUCCCUCGGUCUAUAUUUGUGAGGCAGCGUGGUGAAGUCAGGCGCUCGUCAAAAUAAUGAAAUCAAAGAAAACAGCAUUUUUCUGCUGGUUUAGCCAAUUUUAUUGAAUUUUAAUUUUUUGGCUUAAUCUUUUAUAUGUCCUUAUUAAAAAAAAACACAUUUCCAUGUGAAUUUUACUGAAAAGCACUGAUUAUAGGCACAAAAUAUGUCAUUUUUCAGUGUUGAAAGAUUCUUUAGCUAUACAAGUUGCCGAACUUUGGCUGCCAUUGUCUUGGUAAUUUCACCUCAGAGACCAGAUAACCUCGCUUCCUUCAAUCGCAAUUAUCUUGAGUUCUCUUCAAGGUAAAUGGAUAUUCAUUUCAUUGGAAGCAAGGCAAGUAAAUCAGCUUCCAUACAAUACCAAUAACUCCACAUGCCCCAAACUUGACGAGUGCCUGAUUCUACUGCGUCCGUCGUGAGACAUAUUAUAUUAUUUGUAUAUGUGGUGAUGUUUUCGGCAAAGCUCAAAGCUGUUUAAUUUUUCCACACAUGUUACUCUUACUGUUAUGUUACUCUGCUCUGGUGCAUCGUGUGUGUGUGCAGUCCACACAGGUCUAUGGAGAUUUUGUUGAUUUUUAUACGAUUAUGUUGACAUUCUGAUGAUAAAUAAAUGCAGGUCGUGUACAUAAAUGAUCCUUUUGUGUAUAUAAUGAUGUAUGUGAUGGCUUACUGUAGAUGAAUUUCUUGUUUAUUGACUCAGUAAAUUUUCACAAACUUA